CCCUCUUGAGUUCUCAAAAGAACUCAACAACGCACCACACAAAGCUAUGGAUAGAGCUAUGAGGGCUGUGGCUUUGGCUUUGGUUUUGAUGGCUGUGAUGGGUUUGGGUGAAGCUCAAACCAUUUGCAACAUGCCGGUUGCUGGUUUGUAUGCAUGUCGACCCGCGGUGACACCUCCGAACCCGACACCGCCGAAUGCCCAAUGCUGCAUGGCACUCUCGCAAGCUAACUUGCACUGCUUCUGCUCCUACCGGAACUCGGGAGCUCUUCCUUCUCUUGGCGUUGACCCUAAUCUUGCCAUGCAGCUACCUAAGAAGUGCAACCUUCCUAACUCUCCAAAUUGUUAAGAGGAAGCGUUGUUCAUGUUGUAUGGUUAAUUUAGCAUUACAGCUCACAUUUACGAAAAAGGGGUCUCUUUUUUCGAAGUUUGAACCAUAUUUACUGUUGGAUUAGUAGUGUAUGUUUGUUGUUUAUCUUCUAAUAUUUACUGGGUUUGAUGCUCUAUGUAUGAGUAAAUGUUCGGUUAAAAUAAUUAUGUGUUUCAUUAUGAUUUAGACUU